UAUGGAAAAGGACGUUAAAACUGGCGUAAAACAUAUUAAGGAAACUAGGAAAAAAGCUCAAAAAAUAGCGAAAAAGAAAGGUAAAAAAGCCAUCAAAUUUGCUGGUAAAACUCUAAAGAAGAGUAAACCACUUCCUCUCUUUUCUAUAUUUGAAAGUGGCCGAACGAAUCUAUUGUUCUUACUAUUAAUUGGCAAUGGUAUAUUUUUUCUUCUUAGCCUUGUGCAAAUAAUUUGGGGUUCUAUAGCUGGAAAAGAAUUGAACGAGGCGCUAAAAGUUCCUCAAUUCCAAACUGCUCAAAGGGUAAAUCUAGCGACUCUCAUGGGAGUUUUAGCUGGAUUUCAAAUGACUCUAACCCUAUUUAGUAGUUGGAUCAAUUAUUUUGUCUAUAAGGGCGUCAUUACUGUUGCUGUUGAUCAAGUUCAAACAGUUGUCGAUGAAAUCUUUGAAAAAGGAAUGAAAUCUGACAAAUAUUUAAAAAUGAAACCUGUAUUAGAUAAAAUGCAAUUUACUCAUCAAUGCUGCGGUAAAAAUAGCCCAGAUGAAUGGUUUACUGUUGGUUGGCAAGAGGCCCUGCAACAGGAUGGAAAUAUUUUCCAAACUAUAGAAAACUCUGUACCAGCAAGUUGUUGUAUGAGAGACGCUCCAUCUCCCUGCAUCAAUAAAAAUGUUGUUGAGCCAGGGAUCAUUACUGGUUAUAAUUGGAAAAAUGGCAAUAAAGUCUCUGUCAAUCAGAUCGGUUGUUCAAAAAUAAUAGGCUCCUACAUGAACGAUAGAUUUAUUUACCCCUUCAAAUGCUAUAUAGGCAUACUAUUAGCUUUAUCAGUCAUCAAAUUUCUUCUUCAGCGAAUAUUAGAAACUUCGAUAACUGAAGCUUGUAAAUAUGACUUACCAUUUUCAGCCGACGAUCCAGCGUAUGGCUACAUAUUUAAGGGUUGGGGUUCAACGCCUCCUAAUCUUUUAGAAGACGCUAGUAAAGUUUACGCUUAUGAGUUAUGUAAACAAGCCGGUGUAGAUCCGAGUAUGAUAUUCGGUGAAGGCGAAACAUUAGCAAUAGUCAUGAGUAAUUUAGGUUGUAAAACUGCAAAAGAAUGUUCGAAUUUCAUUAAAAAGUGUGAAGAAGAUUUUAAGGAGAGAUUAAACGAAGAAUCAGAUGAAAACCACAAAUAUAAAGAAUUACUACGACUCGCUCAGGAGCUUGAAUCAGAAGCUGUACAAGCUCAAAUAUCGGGAGAAGAGUCAAAUGUUGAUGAUGAAUCUAUAGAACAGAAAGAUGAAGAAGAGAUUGACCAUGUGGAAGAAAGUGACAAGGAUGAAAAUGAUGACGAAGAUGAUGAAGAAAGUCACGACAAUAGUGAAGAAGAAAAAGAAGAUCCCGAAAGCGAUAAUGAACAAGAGGACGUAAAGAACGGCGGAGUCAACAUUGAUAAAGAUCUCACAGAAAAGAAGUUAACGCCGAAAAGCAAGAAGAAAGAACAAACUAUAAAAACUACUACCGAUAAAUCAAAAAGACAAGGCCAGCAGAAGAAGUUAAAGAAAACAACCGAUGAACAUCGUGACAAGAAAGCCGAUAGGGAGACAAAAAAAAAGAAAGAUUUAACAAAAGAUGAGGAGGUGGGAAAAAUCACUGAGGGAAAAAAAGCUAAUCGUUCUAAAAAAGUUCAGAAGGAAGAUAAAGAGGGGGAAAACCAAAAGAUAAAAAAAUCUCCUACGUCUAAGGGAGUUAAAGGGGAAUCAAAUGUACAAAAAUCGCAAAAAGAUAUUAAAAGUAAGGUGAAAGCAACCCAGGAAACUACUCAAAAGAAACCGACAAAUGAAGCUAGACAGGACAAGAAGAAACAAAUUCCGCAUAAAGAUCAAGAAAAUCGUCAAAAAUUAAAAGAAACGAAAACAACCGACGCGGAAAGGCAACCUAAAAAGAAAGCUACGGCUGACGAAAAACAAGGUAAAAGUCUGAAUAGAGCUCAUAAAAAACAGGAAACUACAGAAUCUAAAACUAAGCAGGAGGCAACGCCUAAACGUAAGAAGGAUAGAGAAGCUAAAACAGAUGGGAAACUCAUAGAAAAUCCCGCUCAAGUCAACACUAAAGAAAAGGCGACUAAAAGAGCCAAAAGUCCAAGAGGUCAAGGAAGAGACGAAGACGAUAAUGAAAGGGGCAAAAAACGACAAAUUAGAUUUUCUAGUCGGAAACUAAGCGACUUCGUAGGAAGUCCGUCAGUUCAAUUUGGAGAUUUUACGGUUCACGCUGAGGAUGAAAUUGUUCAGAGACUUAGACUAAUAGGAUCUAAUCAUUGA